AUGAGUAAAUUUUCAAAAUCAAAUCUUUCAGAUAAAGGCAUUACUGUUGUAUUAGGUUCUCAAUGGGGCGACGAAGGAAAGGGUAAAUUGGUUGAUGUUUUGGCACAAGAGGCUGAAGUAUGCGCACGUUGCGCAGGAGGAAAUAAUGCUGGACAUACCAUUGUAGUUAAUGGUACUAAGUAUGAUUUCCAUAUGCUUCCUUCCGGUUUGAUCAAUCCUAAAUGCAUAUCUAUUAUCGGAUCGGGAGUUGUUGUUCACCUUCCUUCGUUCUUUUCCGAAUUAGAACAACUGGAAGCAAAAGGAUUGGAUGUUAAAGGCCGUAUCUUUCUAUCGAAUCGUGCGCAUUUAGUAUUCGAUUUCUAUCAGAUUGUUGAUGGGUUGAAAGAAUUAGAACUUGGUCGUUCAAGGUUUUCUGGAUCUGAUGAGAGACCUUCCUUGUUCUGGAAAUCUUUUAGUAUCGGUACAACCAAAAAAGGUAUUGGACCAGCGUAUUCAUCAAAAGCCUCACGUUCUGGUUUGCGGGUUCACCAUUUGUCGAAUCAUCAAGCAUUUGCUGAAAAAUUUCGAAAAUUAGUCGCGAACCGAAAGAAACGAUACGGGAAUUUCGAAUACAAUGAAUUAUCUACUCGCCUUCAGUCCUAUGUCGUUGACAGUGUAACUUUCAUGCACCAAUGUAUAGAUUCAAAGAAAAAAAUCCUUGUAGAAGGUGCCAACGCUUUGAUGCUCGAUCUUGACUUUGGUACUUACCCAUUUGUAACAAGUUCUAACACUACUGUUGGUGGCGUUAGUACUGGAUUGGGUAUUCCACCAUCCAAAAUCGAUAAAGUCAUUGGUGUGAUGAAAGCCUAUACAACAAGAGUAGGAGGCGGACCCUUCCCUACCGAAUUACUUGAUGAAAUUGGAGAAUAUCUACAGCGUGUUGGCGCAGAAAUAGGUGCUACUACUGGAAGAAAGCGACGUUGUGGGUGGCUUGAUCUCGUAGUUUUGAAGUAUUCAACUCUUAUCAACGGUUAUACGAGUCUCAACCUAACAAAACUUGAUGUCCUGGAUAACCUUCCAGAAAUUAAGAUUGCAACUGCGUAUUUAUUAGAUGGAACCCCUUUGGAAAGUUUUCCAGCGGACUUGGAAUUCCUUGAAAAAAUUACCAUUCAAUAUGAGACACUACCGGGAUGGAAAACCGAUAUUUCAAAAUGUCGUCGAUUUUCUGAUUUGCCGACAAACGCACAAAAUUACGUAAAAAGAAUCGAGAAAUAUUUAGAAGUUCCAAUUGAAUGGAUUGGGGUUGGUGUUCGUCGCGAAGAUAUGAUUGAUUUAAAAAAUAAUUGA